GCAUUGUUGGUAAUUUUACUGUGGCAAACAUGGAUAUUUUGGCAGUCGUUAUUGCAACAAUCGUAUUGGCGUGCCCCGUGUUGGGAUACGGAAGUGGUGCGCCGCCUGGCGCAUGCGCAUCGAUGAUUCCCAAUCACGGAGCAGUACCACAGACGUCUGUUGCGCCGUACUCGCUAACUUUAUCGUCUGCUAAAUAUGGAUGUGGCGUCGACUCUGUAUCAGUUACGCUAGCGGGGACUGGUGGCGCCAACUUCCGGGGAUUCCUGUGCCAGGCACGUGCUGACAUGGACAACGUCACAACAGUGGGAACACUAUCCGAUGACGACGCUACCCUCACGUUCACAAACAAUUGUAGCGCGGGAUCGAUAACUCAUUCAGAGAAAAGUGACAAGGCAUCCGCGAAGUUCAAGUGGUCUCCAUCCAAUGAAAAGUCAAAUGUUCAUAUUGUCUGUUCGGUGGUGCAGAAUGUUUCUACCUACUGGGUGAAGGCCAUCCAUGAACAGAUUACCCCGUGCUCCAGCGCUACAAGUGCUACACUCGCCUUCCUGGCGUCCGUUGCUGUUCUCCUCGCCUUCGUCAUAUAAACCAUCGCUUUCAAGUGCAACGUCGUCAGCGCCAUGUGCCAUAAAGGCUGGGCAAUUUGCUAAACCUUUAAUAUUGAUGUUAAAUACAUUUAAAUCUCAGCAAUUCAUAUCUAAAAAUAAAUCUCACAAAUGGUAA